CUCGGUGAACAAAGAUCAUGUUAAUUAUCAAUUAAAUAGUUACAAUUAUUCAGUCAAAAAAAAGGAAGGACCUGUGUCUAUAUGUGCCGCCUUGAUCCCGUAUAUAACGUUGGAGUGAAACAAGAGGGGAGUAGAGAAUCAAGAUCCGAGCACUUUCUGCUAUUUUCAUUGUUUCUUGUUUUGGUUUAGUUCAAUGCAUAUUCUGUUUUGAGCUUUGGAGCAUCUUCUAAAAAUUCUUCUUGUGCUAAGCCGUUCUUUUCGCAGGUUUUAUAUCAAAUCUGUUUGGUUUUGAACCUGGGGUGUGCAAAGUUUUGUUUUUUAUUUUCUAAAAUCGUUCCCAUUUUGGUGUUUUUUCUAACUUUAAGGUUGCGUUAGGAAGAGACCCUUUUGUUGCCGAAUGAGAGUGUCCAAUGAAAGUUUGUUCCUUGAUGCAUAGUUAAAUUGUUUUAUUGAUUGGCAAGUCAAAAGACCUUGGCUUUUUUACAAGGGAAUAUUGUUACUGUUUUACCAAGAUUAUGGUUUCGUUUUAUUUAAAUUAAAGAACCUGUGAGGCCUUGUGCGCUUGUUGUUUCAGCAAGCUCUUCCCCUUCUCUGCAUUGCAAUAAUCUUCUUCUUCUCAUGGCUCGUAUGUUAGGCUAUGAACCUUGUUCCCAUUCAAGUAGGGCCUUAUUCAAUUACUCUUCUAUUUCUUCCCCUGAGGCUAACAGAAGACUUGGAUUCACUUUUAGAGCUUGUUCUGAUGCCAAUGCUGGUGAUAAUUCUAAGAGGGUUUUCGUGAAGGAAAAGAAAAAGCUUUAUGGUUUUGCAUGUCUUCCUCACCCACCCUUGUUAGGUAAUUUUGAGGAAGGUAUUUCUGUUGAAGAUUGGUCUUUGGGUGGAAGUCCCUCCAAACCUUUUUGUUUUCCUGAUCAACCCUUACUCCAGAAACUUGUUGUUGCUGUUGAUGUUGAUGAAGUAUUAGGAAACUUUGUGUCAGCUCUGAACGAGUUCAUAGCAGAUCGAUACUCAUCAAUUCAUUCAGUUUCUGAGUAUCAUGUGUAUGAGUUCUUCAAGAUAUGGAACUGUUCACGUGACGAAGCGAAUACUCGUGUUCAUGAAUUUUUUGAGACAUCAUAUUUCAAGUCAGGGAUCCAACCUAUCCCAGGUGCUCAGGUGGCGCUGCGGAAGUUAUCAAGAUUUUGUAACCUAUCAGUUGUAACAUCUCGGCAAAAUGUGAUCAAGGAUCACACAAUUGAGUGGAUAGAGAAGCACUUUUCAGGACUGUUUCAGGAUAUUCACUUUGGAAACCACUUUGCUCUUGAUGGGGUGUCCAGACCAAAGUCAGAUAUUUGUAGGUCUUUAAAUGCAAAUAUUCUCAUUGAUGAUAACCCAAGAUAUGCCAUAGAGUGUGCUGAAGCCGGAAUUAGAGUCCUACUCUUUGAUUAUGAAAACUCAUACCCUUGGUCCAAGACUGACUCUGCUGAUCAGCAUCCCCUGGUGACCAAAGUUAAGAACUGGGAAGAAGUUGAACAACAAUUAAUGUCAUUGAUAGCUUUAUAGCUAGUUCCUUUAAUCCUACAACAUGGAUCAGUGAAAAAUACUGGUUUUUAGAUGAAGUAGUAGAUUAGUUCUUAUUCCUGAAAUAUCUAAUGAAGACUUGAAAGGGUGAAAUUAUGGGAGGUAGGUUCAAGAAUUUAUAAUUGCAAUUCAAGGGCUAUAAUCCUCAUUCUCACGAAUUUCCAUAUGGUUAAAUUAGAAAAUUUGUCUCUACACAAGAUAGAUAUUCAAGGAACAUUCUUAUCAUGGAGUUCUACCUUCAUCUAACUAAGCAAUCUGGACCGUCAAGUUCAUUUUGUAACACUUUUGUUCACUCUUCAUUGUAUUCAAUUCCAUAAUGCAUGGUUAUAAAUAGAUUGAGUUUGAAAAUCA